UAUAUAUCCUAGUAUAACCUAACACACUACAGAAUAAUGUUGCGUACUGUUAUUUGUUGUUUAUUCAGUGCAUUUGUAAAAAAAUAUGAACAAAUUCGCAUCGGAUUGCCCAGCACUGAGUUGUCUGAAACGUUUAAACCAAUUACUGGUGAAAUAUAUAACCUUUGUUAAUAAAGAAAAGGAAAUGAAUUGUCGUUCUUAUCGAAUGACUGUUGCAUUCAAAGAUGAAUAGAUGAACAAAGACACGCGCGGACGCGGACACAGAUGCGUAUAACAAAGGUUUAAAUGCGCAUCAUACGCGCAUAGCUUGGAAAUUUCAAUCACCACGUGCUUUUGCUGACUAAAAAUACUGCCGAAGGAUGGAGACACAAGCGGUAAGAAGAUCGGCACGUAGGAAGGGGAAGGAAUGCUCACGGUUUUGAUGCAAUGUCGUGUUGUAAACAUAUAUGUUUUCAACUAAACACGUGCAAUGAGUGAAAAUGACGUCGACAGAGAAGGAGAAAAAUUUUACGAAUUCCAAGUAUCAACAAAGUCCGAUGAUACGUGAAUUGCAAAAGGAUCAUUCACAGUUACCACCACCACAGCAGACGCAAGAUCAACAAGCUUCUUGUACAGAUGUGAUUAGCAAGAAGGAAAACGAAACUUUAAUUGUAAACGUGAAAAGUGCCGUUAAAGGUACUACUACAUUGGAUGCAACAAACUGUGAUCAGAAGAAAAUUAGAAACGAGGAUGAAGUUAUUAUUCUGGAAAAUGAUAAGAAACAAGUUAAACUGACAACAGAUAAAAUAGAGUAUGUACAGAGUAGAGAAAGUUCGGAUGUAAUGUCUUCGGAAAUAGCGGAAAAUGAUUCAAAGAUUAGUAAAAAUACUAAUGCGACUGAAACUAUAAUUAGAACUGGAAACAAUCUUAAACGAAAAAGACGAAAUACCGUCGUCCAAGAAACAGAUUUGUUAUUAUCAGAGGAAAAUAAUGCUAGAAGUAAGCGAAAGAAAAAAAGUACAAACGAUCGGUUUUGUUGGCGAUGCCACAAAGAAUCCGUAGAAGCACAUUGCAGUGCUUGUCCUCGAUCGUGGCAUCGCAGAUGUAUAGGAAUGCAACAGUCGAUUAUCCAAAAUUGGAUAUGCGGCGAAUGUGCGGCUAUUUUGAAAGCAGAAAAUGCAGAAACACGUUCUACUGCUAUGGCACAGUUAUCGGUUGAUCAGUUGUGUUUAUUAUUGAAACACGUAGUUGAAAGAAUGAGAGAAUAUCCAGGUUCGGAACCAUUUUGGAAACCAGUUGAAGCGUCCGAAGCCCCAAAUUAUCUAGACUAUGUAGUAAAACCGAUGGAUUUGAGCCUUUUGGAGUCAAAUGUUCGGGCUAAAUUGUACGGUAGUACGGAUGCGUUUAUGGCCGACGCCAAAUGGAUACAACACAAUUGUAUUGUCUUUAACACGUGCGGCGGUGUGUACGCCGAUACGUCCAAGUUGACGAACGCAGCGAAACAGAUUAUCAAACUGGCACGUCAAGAAGUAUCGGAAAUCGAAGCUUGUCCUGAUUGUUACGCCCAUGGAAGGAACUUACCAAGACCACAGCCAUCGUGGUUUAUCGAACCUUGCCGUCGUCCUCAUCCGCUUGUGUGGGCGAAAUUGAAAGGUUUUCCAUUUUGGCCAGCCAAAGCUAUGCCUCGAAUCAAUUCUCAAGGUUACGUAGACGUACGUUUCUUCGGUGAACAUGAUCGUGCAUGGGUUUCGCCUCGAGAUUUAUAUUUAUAUUCGGAAGACCCUCCCGUACCGUUACCACGAAAAAGAAAAUUGGACAUGGAAGAAUGCGUUAGAGAAAUUACUCGUCACUGUCGAAAACUGGAACUUGUGUUUGGUCAAUUUAAAUUUGCGCCUCCUAAAGUACAAUACAAUCCACACGAUCCAUCGCAAAUAAAAUUAAUGUUACCAAACUAUGAUCCACUUCGUUCUAAUAACUACAUAUCUUCGCAAUUUUUGAUUCCUAAGAAAAAGCAAUUUUUCAAAAAACGAUUACACGUUAAGGCUAAGGCGCAAAGCGAUUCAGAGAAAGCAGAUACCACCACCACCACCACCACCACCUCUGACAUCGAAAUGAAUAGAAUUUCAAUUGCUGAUGUUGACCAAGUUACCGAACAAAAGAAAAUAGAUGAUGACGACUUACCAGCCUGUAAAAAGGUAGUAGAAGAAUCUGAUAAGUUGAACGAAAUCGGGGGUACAGAUAACAGUUCGAAUGCUUCUAGGAGCAUGGAUCGUUUGGUGACAAAGGAAAGUAAUAAAAAAUAUGUAGAAAUCGAUAAGAAUUCGUCGGCGACGAAUUUAAAAACGACAAAGAGAGAAGAAGUAAAACCAACUACGAGUAAAAUUAAUGCGAACGAGGAUGGAAAUGAAAGUAGCACGAUUAAACAGAAUUCAAACGAAUCUGAUACGACAACAAUAACGCCGCUGGAACAAAGUAAUAAUUCUGAAAAGGUAACGAAAGAUAACAGAAAAAAUGAAGAAAAUCUAUCGAAGCAACUGAUAACAUCGUCUCUAAACAAGCGCUCGACGAACGAUAACGAUGUUCAAACAACCAAACAGGAAUCUUUUUUAAAAACAAAUGUUAAUAAUAAAGGGAACGUUGGUCAGAGCUUGCCAAAUUCGUCGAAAAAUAAUUUUAAAGCUACCAAAAGUCUGAUAAAAGUUUAUAAACCAAAAACGAGAAUUGUCGAUAAAAUAAAUGCUGAGAAAGCUUUAAAAUCAAUCGAAAUCGAUGGAAAAGAGAAAGCGGUGGUAAGGAUAGAGCCAAACAGCAAAGUUAAAGAUUGCGAUUUCACGUCGUCCAAGAAUGCCUCAAUAAAUUCUCACAACAACAACAACAACAAUAAUAAUAAUAAUAAUAAUAAUAAUUCGAUAUCAUCAGUCACUUUGGUUUCGUCUAACAACAAAUCAGAAGAAGGUGAUACCGAUGACGUUAAUAAAACAGCUUCUUCUACGGAUCAAUCUGCUGAUACGUUACCUUUUGUCGCGAACAAUGAGAUGCCUAAUAUCGUUAAAAGGCCUGCUGAUAAUAGCUCGCAAACGAUUGAAAAAGAGAAACGCAGCGAUGUUUCGACAACUCGUCAUCAACCUUCGAAAGGUUUGACGCAAAUGUCGCAUCAAACAGGAAAAAAGGAAAGCAAAGCUAGAAAGUCGUUUCCUAAUAAGAAUCGUAAUUGUCCGCAACUUAUUCCGCAUACAUCCGCCGCACAGGUGAACGCAUUAUCAAAUUCGAUCGAUUCUGUGAUGCACAGCAUCCCUGUUACCCAUCAGGCUGAAAAUUGUAUCGAAUACCAGAUGUUACCGCCUCAAGCAGGGCCUAUCAGUGCUCGUUUAUAUCAUGGUGCUCAAGACUUGGCCAGAAGAAUGGCUCGGUUAAUGGAAGAAGCGUACAAAGAGGCAGCACAAGAAACUCAGAAUUGCGAGAGUAUUACGUCUGAUAAUCAUCAAGCGACCGUUCAUUUUUUACGAUUACAAAUCGAACGUAUGAGAUGGGAACAUCAACAACAAUUAGCCGAAUUAAAACAUAAUACCGAUAGAGUACUAAGAGAAAUGAAAGCAGGUUUAGAAGCUGAACGCUUACGCGCUAUCGAAGAAACUCGUCGAGAAGCCGAAGAAGAAAAAUUACGAUGUAUCGAAGAAAUUAAACGUAAACAAUGGUGUGCAAUGUGUGGUCGAGAAGCGUUAUUUUACUGUUGUUGGAACACAGCAUAUUGCGAUUAUCCUUGUCAACAAUCGCAUUGGCCAAUGCAUAUGAGAACAUGCGCUCAAAAACCUUCGUUUACUACUAUCGUUACCAGUUCCAGUGCAAAUUCAAAUCAUCAUCAUCAUCAGCAGCAGCAGCAGCAGCAGCAACAACAACAGCAACAGCAACAGCAACAGCAGCAGCAGCAGCAGCAGAAUCAUAAUAUCAGAGUAAGCAGCUCUGUUGGCAAGAUAUAUGAGUUAUCACAUAACAAACUGAAUGAGAUAUCAGGAUCCCUAUCUUUGUCUUGCUCUAAAGAAGAUAUCGAAACUUCAUCAUAGCGUAUCACCUUUUAGGUAGAAAAUUAGCUUUUUCUUUUCUUUUCUUUUCUUUUUUAAGUAUAUAGAAAAAAAGAAAGAAACGAAAGAAUAAUAGAUACCCAAGUCUUUACGUAAAUACGAAGAACUGUUAACAAUUAUUCUGCGAAAGAUCAAUAGAAAAAGAAAGAAAAAUGUACGACAACUAUAUUACGAUAGUACGUGUAUGGCUACGUUGGCAAGUUAGGCUUCUCUCGGUUGUAGAGAAGUAGUUGUUGAUUGCACGAACAGCAAUUAAACGUAAUGCGAUAUUUAUAAUGCUACUUAUCCUCUUCUUCUCGCAUCUAAGGAAAAAUAAGCGCAUCGAGUAAGCUGCGGGAAGGAAACUGCUUUUCGUUUAUCGAAAAAAGUCUAGUGUUCAUACAUACAUUUCAGUGGAUAUUAUACUUCAAUGGAACAAUGUACAAACAAAACGUGAAUGUUUCUGCAAUGACUAUUGGAUUUUAUAUAACAUUACUAUUAUUAUUAUUAUUAUUAUUAUUAUUAUUAUUAUUAUUAUUGUUAUUAUUAUUAUGUUAAGAAUUGUUUAACUUUCAUAUUAGUAAUAUUGUACAUAAAUAUAAAAUAAUUUACACAUUGCA